CGCAUGCGGAAGGCACCAAUGGAGAGAUGUAAGCAGUCGUGUUUAUUGAAACAGUGACAUGAUGUGAAGUUGUAGGUUGUUCUAGCCCACGUGUUUGAGUGUUCAGUGAUGUGAUCAUUCAGUUCAUAAUAGUCUUUUCUAUGUAAGAUGCAACAAUAGCUCCUGUAAUCAGUAAUGUUUACUUCCACAUAACUAUACUAAACCAGAUAGCCAGAGGUUUCAGUUUCUAGUAGCCGAAGGUGAUAAACAUCAUAGGGUUUCUUCGUAUACAGUUACAACCACAUACAAAGAAAAAAGUUCUGGAUUUUUUACAAAUGUAACGAUGUUGUUGUGGGUUCUCAGUCUGCGUCCUGUGUUUUCUAGAACAUAGGAGUUUUCUGGUUUAAAUUAUAAUGUUCCAUUUAACAGUUCUUUUAACAGUCAGUCUCAUACUGGGUGAUUUCAUGAUUUUAGCAUGUGACGUAUGACUACUAAAAAUCUCCUGUACUGUACUGCUUGGUAAGUCAUACGAGUUUAUACAUAACUCGGUCACUAAACCGAGCAUCCAACUUGAAGUGGCAGACGCAGAUGUGAGCGACAAACGUGCCAGCAACUAGACAAACAUCUACUUGUGUUACUGAGAAUGACAAACUCGGAUAAACUUUACACUAAAAGCGUCUCGAAUAAUAUGUAGAGCGGUUCUGUAUUAACAAAUUUUGAUAUUCGAAAGACGUUGGUUCGUUUUGUUGUACAAUAAAUUGCUUAUAGAGAAUGUUAUGUGUUUGCGUUUGGUUGAUAUUCAUAUUCCAAACACUUUUUCUAGACUAUAAGCUGCUUCAAAAAAAGAUCACGUUCUUAAUCGCGGAAUAAAAAUAAACAUUUGAUGUGCUUUUAGUACAGUAAUUUUCUUCGUCGUUGAACGUUGGGUUGAAUUGAUUUCCGGUGUGCUCGAUCAAAGAAAUGUUAAAACACAAGGAAAAUUACAAGGUGAUCGAGGAGCCUACUGUUAAACCACCGCGCUCUCGUUUUCACAGUUCCAAAAUGAAGAAAUCGGCAUCGGUGAGCCAUAGCAGGACUUCAUUAUGUAAGUCCUUAUCGCAUGAUGGCGCUCCGGUAUCAACAGCAAACGACGACUGUGCUAUUAACGAACUGCUGGAAGGCCUUAUGGAUCUUAACGUCUACCUUCCUGAUGGAAGAAGAGUCCGAAUGACUGUGGAAAGAAGGACGCCCAUGAUGGACCUUCUGGUGCAGGUGACAACAGCCAAUAAAAUUACUCCAGGAGAUCACGUAAUCCAAGUUCUCACAGAUUCGGGAAAGGAAAUCCUGUAUAGGCCUAAUACUCCCAUUGGUGUAUUGGAUACCCAUGUCAUCUUUAUUGCGUCUAAGUCUUCUGUCACGGAGCCUGCAGUAAAGAAACUACACAAAAUGCCCGUUCAGCCGUUUGAGCAAACUUUCCGACUUCAAGUUAAACUCCCAAGAAACCAGCUAACAGUUUUGAGAGUCAGUCCUAAAAUGACACUGACUGAAGUGAAAGAUAAAAUAUGCUCAGAUAAAAAUCUAGAUGCCAAUGACUACCACUUGGUGCGGCCCAGCCAACCGAACAUUUUUCUAGACUUGAAUACGAGCUUAGCUAGUUAUGGAAGUACAGAGAUAAGCCUGCUAUCCAAACAAAGUAUUAAAGCAAACAUCCACUCCUCUGUUGCUGAUUUACUCAAUUACUCCAGAAGAGAAGAGGAUGGAAAGGAGAAAGGAAUUCCUGGAUUACUAACAAAAACGCAAAGCCAAAGUAGUUUGGUAAGUUCUAGCAGUGAAAAUGUUAGUAGUCGAAAAGACCCUCAGAAUUUUGGUAAUUACCAAAUUGAUCAGGUAAGGACUGCCCUGACGAUAAAGCCUAAAUUAAGAAAACGACCAGCUCCUCCUCCACCAACCCAAAAAACAAAGAAUAGUGUGGAAGAGGUUGAUAAACUAAGGCUAAGCUCACAGAUAAGGAAUGGUGAUAAGUUCCUUCACUCACGACGCAGCUCCGACUCUAGUGGCUAUCAUGAGGCAUCUGUCGUCAGUGAAAUCCAAGAAAACGGAUUUCAAGAUCCGUCUGUUGCGAAGAGAAACAGUCAUUGUGAAAGUAAUGUUAUACCUGUACAGUUAUUUCCACAAAAAGAAAUUCACACAACAGAAAAAACCUGUAUGUCCAGUAAAAACGUAGAAUGUCAGUCAACCAUUUCUAAUUCGGGCAGUAUAUCCUCAACGUCAAGCAUGUUGACUGUUAGUAAAAAACGAAAAGCACCCCCACCACCUGCACCUAAAAGAUGUAUCAGUAAGCCUCAGUUAGAACCAGUUAGAGAAGUAAUUGCCUCAAACAAAAUCACAGAUGGUGAGUCUAAAUCACUUUUACACGUAAAUCAAGAAACUUUGGAAUCGGAGUUUACUGGACUUGUUGAUAUCGUAGAGGCUAACCUUAGCCUAGAUCAGGAAGUCCUUAGUAGUGAUCCAGUUACAGUAUCAGUGCCCUCUAAGGACAGUGAUGAUCUAUCUUCAAUCCAACCUAAUCCUCCACGUGAAUUUGCCGAUGGCAGUAACGAAAGAACCAUUGAGAAUUCUCAAAAUACAUCUGAAGUUGAACUACUGACAGUCCAGGAUACUCCUGAACCUCGAGUCCAUGGUAGUGAGCUUGUUAUAGAAUCAGUGUUCUCAAAGGAGAGUGAUGACCUAUCUUCAAUCCAACCUAAUCCUCCACAUGAAUGUGCUAAUGGCAGUAAUGAAAGAACCAUUGAGGAUUCUCAAAAUACAUCUGAAGUUGGUUCAACAUCUUCAAGAGAACAAAUAAUGACAGAUGGUCAACAUCAGCGGCAGAAUAGCUUGUCUUCUAUUAACACCUUAGAUGAUAUUGAGAACACUUUCAGACAGACCAUUGCAGAGGGUGAGAGAGCCCUGAAGUGGGAACAAGAAAAAGAAGAAUGCAGGAGUUUUUUACCAACAGGAAUUGCCAACGGGACUUCAAACAAAACUUUUAAUGCUCAGUUUGAUUCAGAUCUUACUCACAAUGGACAUCUGUCCCAUAUUGACACAGAUUUCUCAGCUGUUGAACAGCAGGUAAAUGAUAUGACCAUAAAUGAACCAUUGUCUAGCAGUAACUGUCUUCCUGAAGAGCCGCUUUCAUUUAAAGGAAGAAAUAAUGGUGUUAAUAGUCAUCUCCAACAAAAUGAAGACAAAAAAAAGAGUUCUAGUGAGGUUUGUAUUAAGACAAAUGGUUUAACCUCACAUGAUGAUGGCAUGUCAGUCAAUACUGAAGAGGAAGUUGUUAAUGUCAAACUCAAACGCGGAACAUCUCUUACCAAUUUUAUAAUUACUUCUUACAAAAACGGUGAAGCAAAUAUUUACAGACCUAAUUCUAGAAUACAGACAGAAUUGCUUCUAAGAUCUGAUAAUGUUUGUCAUCUUUCUAAUGAAUCACUGAGUGCUGCUCAAAAACCUUCUGAGUACAAGAAAGAGAAUUUAGAAACUAAACCUUCUAGUCAGAUGUUUGUAAAAGAACAAAAUGAAAAUCCACCAAAAUUCCAAAAUUUAAAUGUUAAUGGUGAAGAAGAUCAGAUUGAAGUAACUUCUAAAGCUCCAGCUGCAUGUAUUAAAGAAGCAUAUGUUCAAGACUUCAGAGGUCAUGUUAGACUCAAGUGUGCACAAUUCAAUGACCUAAAAUGUUUACCUUUGGUUGGAAGAUCCACAUCAAUGCUAAAUCUAGUGAAUCAUAGACAAAGUUUCUUACAGAAAAAAAUGCAUGAUGGUGUCUUGGAGACCUUGAGAAGGGUCCAGUCUCAGCACAGUGUCAGCAAUAAAUCUUGUGAUCCAGAAUUUUCAGAUGAAGAUCAAGAACUCCAAGAAAAGUAUAAACAACCGAAGAAAAACUUCUUGGGUGGCAGCAGAAAGUGGCUGAGAAUCAGAAAAUUUUCCAAAAUGGAGAAAUAACCACAAAUGUUUGCAUAUCAUAUCUAGAAAAAAAUCCUCUCCUAACUGAGAGUACAAGAGCAAGUAUAAAAGAUCGUUUUAAGGCAAAAAGUCAGAAUCUUUCCAAAGUAAAAUCAUUACCUCGUGUCAGCAUGAUUGAAACUAAAACAAGACAAGUUUCAUCUGAAAAGGAUCAUCAAAGACUAAAAUCCCAUAUGCUGGCAAAUGUUACUAUUGGCUCAUGGCAACAAAGAAGCUUUCAAGAGGAUCCCAGCUGGCCUAAGUUUCACAGUGUAGAAAACCUGGUUUCCCAACAUAUAGAUCAGGAAGCAACUAUCACAAAUGAAAAUUGUAGAGCUCUCCACUCUAAUAAGUCAAACUGUUCCUCAAAACAGCCAGAAGUAAAACCAAAGUUAAAUAUUUCAGUGAUUAAUCAAACUGAAAAACCUCAACCAAACUUAACAAUGUCCAAUGAUUUAUUGACAUGGAAACAAAAGCAAAACACAGAAGAAGGGCAUAAACGUAUUCUUACUAAACAAACAUCUUUUGAAGAACCAACAAUUAUUAAACUAAACAUGAACACUCAUAAACCAAGAGCAACCUAUUCAUACUUUGGUGCUCCUGUGUUGAAAGGAUUCUCAAAUGAGGUGGUGCAAAACUUGUUAAAGGAAACAUCUGAACUGAAAAAUGUUAGUGAUUCAGAAAAGUGCAAAUACUCAGGUAUAAAAACCGAAACCAACAAGACUGUAACUGAACUUAAAACAGAAAAUAAACCUCUUAACUUAACUAAUAUUCUACCACCACCAGUACCUCCUGUUUGUACAACUGCUGAGUUCCUGUCAUCCACAAAGAAGUCUACAAAAAAGACAGUCUCUGAUAUUUCUGACAUAGACCCUCGAGAUCAACUAUUGAUAGACAUUCGAAACUUUCAAGGAAGAUCAGGCCUUCGAAAAGUUCCUGUUGCUGAGACCAACUGGCAGCUGAAUAUCUUUGGACCAACUUUUUCAAGCUCAUUACACAAGUAACUCCUUCAACUGGUUCCAUAUAUUUAGUCUAUACAUUUCUUAAUGUUCACAGGGCUGCUGUACAUCUACAUAUUAAUCACUGGAGAAGUCGUAUAACCAGAGAAUAUGGCCUUCAAAAUUAUUGUAAUAGGAUAGUGUUGGAAUUUCAUCAACAUGGAUUACACUUUAUAACAUCAAUAUUUUUCUAAGUGAAUUAUUUUUUUAACACGUACUAUGAAAUAACUGGGUGUGCGUUAAAGGAAUUAUAUAGGUAUUAUUAUUUUAAAAUGAACAUUCUUUUUGUUGUGUUAGCAAAGUGGUUGCUCUUUGGUGAAACAUUAAAACAAGUAACAAGUAUAUCCCACUGAGCUAGGCCAGAUAAUUUCCAGUUAAUACAUGUAAUCCAGUGACAUCACACAAGUCAGGGUAUGGUUGAGUAAAACUAUUACAUGUGAGUCAGAUUAUGGCUGAGUAAGAAAAUUGCAUGUAAUUUGCAUUAAGAUCAUGUGAGAUUAGAGCAUGGACAUCAGGUUAUGAAAGGUUUGGUCAUUUGGUAAUCAAGAUAUGAGAGUGUAAUGAGUUAAAAUUAAAGAAGCAUUAAGAUGAAAUGUAGUAAAAGUAGUGUACAGAGUAAGUUAUAUGAGAGUUUAUAAGUUAAGUAUCUGUGUUUUAACAUCUGUUUAUACUAUUUUAAUAGGUAACAGAAUCCAGAAAACAUGAUUAUAUUUGCCUUAGUUGAAUUCCCUUGAAAGUUAGGUAUUGGCCCAAUUUAAUUUUUUUUCUUUCUAUUCAUGUAAUAAAUAUAGUCUUACCUUUAAUAUCCUAGAAGAUCUUUUAUUUUUCACUCAGUAGCCUAGCAUGAUAUGUUAGUCAUUGCUAUAAAUGUUUAAUAUUCUUGAAAGCUUUCUGGUUUGGAAGAAAAUAAUAGUUAUUGUAGAAUGUAUAUAUAAUUAUCAUUAUUAUCACUUGAAAUUAAUAUUUAGAAUAUGCCAUCAAAUAAAGAAACCCUUACGUUUAUUCUAGAAAUCUAAAAUAUUUUGAAAUUUAUUUGAUUGAUCUUGAAAAUCUGAUCUACCUAAAGAACAUAUUCUCAGUUGGAUAUGAAAUUUGUUUAACUUAUCAAGCAUUGUAAGAUACUAUAAAACCUGAUAACUGUAAACUACAACAUUAUAAUUAAUAUAAAUCUUUUGGAUGUAGUUGUUGAGUGUAUAUAUAUAUAUCUCAGUUAAAUUAUUUGUCUGAUGUUGUAAUUAACUAAAUAUUAUCUUCAAGAAACUUGUGUAUUACAUUUAUUUAUUUGGCUCCAUCUAGUAAGCCAUACUGGUGUGUUUAUUAUUAAAUAACUUACAGAUCCAAUUUGCAGUCUGAAAUGUAUUUCUAAUAAUCAUCUUGUUUCCUGUCAGGCUUUCAUAUCCCUAGAGCCUAAUAUGUCUUCCUUAGAUUAAUACCAAACUUUUAGUUAUUGGUGUUAAAUUAUAUAGCACCAGCCAAGUGUUGUAAGUCUAUUCUUAGAGAAUAUAUUUUUUUAAAUAAUGUAUUAUCUGUUAAGUUUUCAAUGAGUCCUUAAACAGCAUAGUUUCGAAUUAAGGUCAUUUAUAAGAUAUUUUAUUGAGUUUUUUAGUGUUGAUAUGUGUGCCCAAAGCAGAGGGCUUUUUGUUAAUGUGUUUAUGUAUGUAAACUUUCUUUUAAACUUAAAUAAAGUAUGUUUAUGUUUUUGGUAAAA